CCUACCUCCUUAUGUACCUAAGGUUUCGGUACGGUACUACUAUACGGUACGGUACGGUACCCGUCAUUAUGCCAUAGCUGUUAUUAUUGCCAGCUUCUGCCUCCGGACCCUGCUGGGUACUUUCGUCAUCAACACCGACAGGGAGGCGAAGAACUUCUGUUCUUUAUCUUCUAUUCCUGGCAUCAUCGCCGUCGUCGCUAAGCCUUCGCCUUACUUACUAAUCUACAGUCCACUCUAUAAUGUCGCUCUAAUUUAGUCUCCAAACAGGAAACAUGUCGCCAAGCUAAUGCGGAUGCUCUCGCGCAUUUUUCUCUCUCCCCUUUCUUCUGCCUAGCACUCCUCGAUCGACCAGCUCGACCGCCACAAUGGUGAACCGCAUACCCCAGGCCACCAUCACGCUCUCCUACCCACUCUACGCGUGCGCCUUCGAUCCAGCCGAUCCCGGCCAGCUGGUUGUCGCUGGCGGCGGCGGACCUGGACGGAACGGCGUAGGCAACAAAAUAACUGUCCUCGACACCGCGAACCCUGAGAAGCUGUCGGAAACGAGCGAGUACGAACUGAGCAAAAAUGAAGACAACGUGACGACCUUGGCCAUCGGGCCCCGGAAAGAGAAAAGUCUGACUGUGUACGCGGGCAUCAACUCGAGCCCGGACGAGAUCAAGAAGGGCAAGAAUGCCCAUUUUCGAGUGUUCGGCAUCAGCGAGCCCGGCCCGUCGGCCAAGACUAGCGGUGUAAGGAUUUCCGAGGUCGCGCGCGAUGCGCUGUUCGUGCAUAAGGACGCCAGCGCCUACCAGAGAAUCCUCCGCCUGUCCCACCCGUACGAAAACCUCUCACAAAUCGGCGCUGUCGCCACCGGCCUCUCCAGAGAGCCAGAGAUCGCUAUUUUCGAUGUACCAGCCGCAGGCGGUGGGCGGUGGAAACGUCGGGCCAGGCUGGACAUCCCUAAAGAAGCGAUGGAUCUAGACGUCGUUCAGACUGGUCCCGACACCUACCAAUUGGCGUACUGCGACGACCACGACAUCUUCACCGUCGAAAUCUCCAAGACCGAGGUCUCAGACCCGAAACGCGUCUACACCAUCACCCCGGAUGAGGGCUCCACGGCCAAGGCCUCCUUCAAGUCGCUGCGCUACCUGACGCCUGGCUUCCUCCUCACCGUGGUCAACAAACCCAAUUCCCAGGGCGUGGCCCUGCACGGCUAUCGCCUGCCCGCCACAGACCAGGAGAAUGCACGGCUGGCCGUCCAGGCCAGGCUGCCCAAGGGCGUCUCCAAGGCCACCGGCCUCGCCGUGAGAAAUUUAUCCCCCACAUCGUCCCCCAUUGACAAGCAGGGCGAGGCACAAUUCGUCGUCGCCGUGGCGGGGAACGAUUCGUCGAUAUCGCUCUUCACUGUGGAGCACAAGUCCGCCGCCAGCGUGGACCUCCUAUCGGAUCUCGCACCGUUCGAGGUCCUCCGAUCUGUCCAUCCUACUAACAUAACUAGCCUCUCCUUCUCCUCACUGCCAGCGCCGAAAUCCUCAUCGGAAACCGCCGAACCCACGGUCAAGUUGGCAAGCGUGGCCGUCGGUUUCACGACCGUCGUGCACGACAUCCCGCUCAAGAAGCACGUGGACAAGUCCGUUUCAAAGGGAGCAGGGGGCCCUCCGAGUCCGUCCCGCUACGUCGUCGCCCUGAAGUCGAAGGGCGAAUCGCCGGUGACGGUUAUCACCCUCUUCACUAUCCUAGUCCUCAUUCUCGCCCUAGUCGGACAGGCCUUCCUCGAGGCGAAGCAGAUCGGCAGGCCCAUCUUGGGCGUUCGGGAAUACCUUCCGGCCUCGUGGACGACGCCGCUGCGGAAGGUUCCGCCAGCGACAGUUAUUGAGAGUGCCACCGUGAAGGCGGCUACGAACAUCGAGGACCUGCUGUCGGGCGCCGGCGCGCGUGAUGGCCAACCCGUCGUCGUGCGGCACGGCGAGGCCAACGACGAGGAAGGGGGUGAAGGGGGACUGCCGCCACUGCACGUCGGCGUGCACGACGAGGAGGCGCACGGCCCCGCAACGUCGUGGGAGAAGCUCGACCCGAAGGACCGGGACCUCUGGAAGCGGCGGCUCAAGAAGACGGGCCACUGGGUCGAGGACAUGGGCGAGACGAUAUUCCAAGGCGUGCUCUUCGGCGAGAUCGGCGGUGCCAUCGGGAACAUGAUCGGCGAGGCGCUAUAAAUUGGAGGGAAAACCAGGGGAGGUAGGGGGAAUAAGACCGGAAGUGCCUCGGAUUGUUUCGAAUGGACGAGAUCAUAUGAGCACACGCGU